UUUUCUUUUUCUUUUCUUUUUCUUAUUCCCUCUGCUGAUUAUGAAAAUAAUGAGACAUCCUAGUCAAGUUUGAUAUUCACUUGAUUAUUGUUUUUAUAUCAUGGUGUGCAUGUCCAUACAAAGGACAACAACAACAAAAAAAAGCUCAGCGACAAGACAAGCCAUCCAAAGUCAGACGACGGAGUUUCUAUCCUCUUUUUCUUAUAAAGCAUCAUCUUUUUCUUGUACUUUUCUUUGUUGGAAAAUAAAAAAAUUCUUACACUGUGAUAAAAUGGGUGCAUUUGAUGAAAUCAAGUCUAGAAACUUUUCGCUUUACGGACAAUGGCUUGGUAUAGUCUCUAUCAUUUUAUUGAUUGUUUUAGGUAUUGUUGGAUUUCUUAAUCAUGUAAUCUUUAGUAUUGUUGGAUUCGUCAUCGCCUUUAUUCUCGUCUUUGUAGAGGUUCCAUUAUGCUUAAAGUUUUGUCCAACAAGCCCUAAAUUCGACACGUUCAUCUCUUACUUUGAAAACUGCUACUUCCGCGCUUUGAUGUAUUUGGCAUUUGCUGUUGUUAUGUUUCUUUCCAACUUGAAAGGAACCGGACCACUUAUCGCUACGGGUGUUUCUCUCCUACUUGCCGCUAUAUGUUAUGGUAUUGCCGCCUUCACAGGUCAGGCCUUUGCCAGUUCAAAAUUACUUGGGGGUACUGGAGUUGAUAACGUUGUAUAAAUAGGAAAAAGAAUGUGUAGUAAUAACAAUAAUAAUAAAUAAUCAUAUUUUUCUCUGCAAGCACAGUGUAUUAAAAAGGCAAAUGAAAAGGGGCAAAACAAGAUGUGUCGAGAGAGAGGG